AUGGAUAAAGCCAACCCCGAGUGGGCGAAGGACAUUCCGUGCAAAAACAUUACAAUCUACGGGUUUUGCAAGUACGAAAAUGACGGGUGCAUCUUUAAUCACGGCAAUGAAUCCAGCAGCAGUGUAAGCAGUCGACCGGUGCUGAAUAGCAGUUUGAGCAGUAAGUUCAAUGCCAAGACGGCCCCGUCCUUUACACCUUCCAAGGCUCUGAAUGUUAAAAAUACCUCUUCAACUGCCAUCAAAGCUGAAAAAGUGGCCAAGGCGCUGCAGUCCGUGGCAGACCAACAACCGUCGGUUUCGUCGCCGCUGGCCAGCCAUUCUGCUCCCUUUUCAUCAUCGUUCAAUCCAUAUGCGGCCAAUUUCACACCAGUGGGAUCUGCCGGCGCAGCUGAGACAUCCUCAUCACCACCGUCAGCGCCGUCAGCACCGUCAGCUGGACACACAGGCUUCAACCCUUACUCCGUGUCUGGCGGACUUCUGGCGUCCGCUGACGAACUCAAUCCCUUACACCCUUCUUCAGGUUUCGCGACAGGUUCCCCUGGGCCCUUUACACAGGAAUCCAGCAACAGACACGCGAAUUUCCCCACCAUAUAUCCCCCCAGUCAUUCCAUUCUGCAAUAUCAUCUGUAUGCUCCAGACCCAGCAUUGCAUCUCAAACUGCCGCUUAAAGCAAAUGAGAGAUCGCCUGAAAUGCUUUUUAUCCCAAACGACAUACGUGAAGAACUAUUAAAGAAAAAUCAAGCAGCCCUUCAAGUCUUCCCCUCUGGUGGAAACUUGCCUGAGAUUGUUGGCGACUAUUUUGGCCUGGUGCCUUUAGAAUUUCAUAAUAGGGUAACCAACAAGGACAGAUAUCAAGGGCAUCAAAACUCUCUUUAUAAAGUGUUUUCGAAUUUUGACGGCAAGAUUUACAUCAUGCGUCGAAUCCAUGACGUUAAAAUCACCGAAACUGCACAAAUCUCACAGCCUUUCCAAAGAUGGAAGAAACUUGUCAACCCGGGCGUGGUAGAGGUUCGCGAUGUUUUCAUAACGCGCGCCUUCAACGAUGCAUCAUUGUGCGUUGUGCAUGACUAUUUCCCACAAUCUAACUCACUUUACGAGACUCAUUUCGUUAGUUAUAACCCGGUACCAAUAUCUCUGGAUUUGCUGUGGUCAUACUUGGUGCAGCUUUGCAGUGCCUUGCAGGCUGCGCACUCGUCAAAUCUCGCCUUUAACAACAUCUGCCUUGACAAAGUAAUAGUCACAGGCCAUCCAGGGCGUAUCAAAAUUGGGGACUCUUGUUUGCACGAGGUCUUACAUUUUCAGGAAGAUAUCGACGUCACACAGCAACAACAAAAAGAUUUCGUAGACAUGGGAUUGUUGCUGCGAGAUCUGAGCGCCAAAAUAAUUGGAUCCGGUCAGGAUGUGAACGAUGUCGAAACCCUAGCUGUCGAUGAUCAAUUCCGCUUGGUGUUGCAAUACCUGCUGGACUCAAGUAACGCGGAGCCCAAGUCGCUAGAAAAGCUGCUUCCGAUGUUUGCAAGCAAAAUUCUACCGGUGACAAGUGCUCUUCAAAGUUACGUGGAAUACACAGAGUCCAUACUGGCACGCGAACUAGAAAACGCACGCCUCUUCAGACUAAUGUGUAAGCUGAGUUUUAUCUUUGGCCGCACAGAAUCUCGCAUCGAUAUCAACUGGUCAGAGGCCGGAGAGAGAUUUCCUAUAGUUCUUUUUUACGACUACGUUUUCCAUCAAACGAACGAGUCAGGGAAACCGGUGAUGGAUCUCACCCAUGUUCUUCGAUGUCUCAACAGGCUUGAUGCUGGAACCAGCGAGAAGAUCAUGCUUGUGACCCCAGACGAGAUGAAUUGCAUUAUAAUCAGCUAUAAGGAGCUCAAAGAUCUAAUAGACUCCACGUUUCGAGCAAUGUCACAAUGA